AUGGAGUCUGCGGCGGGCCACCGCCGCGCACAGUCCGAUGCGGCUGACGCCUUCACCGUCGCGGACUGGGCGCACGAGCGCUUGCGCUCGUUUAACAAUCGGAAAACAGGCGGGGCGGAAGGGGCUUCCGCCGCACGUGGCGCAUUUUCCAGCACAAGCGCAGCUUCCGUGGCGGAGCGUGACGCUGCGCCCAGCCCGCGCGGGCGCCAGGUCUCGAUCGCAGGUUUCGCAGGUUCCGCGAACGGAGCAGUGGGGGGGAGAACGUAUACCGCGCGCAGCCCUUCCGCGCGCGCGCGACGAGCUAGCGCGGAUCCAACUGACCUUGGGGGAGCUCCCUUGAAUGAGGGGAUUCCCAUGGGCAAGAGUGAGGGGACAGUGAAGGGAAAACAGAACGGGGAGGAGGAAGAAUUCGCGGAGAAUCAACAGCAGGAGCAAGAGGAGAGACAGAAGCAGCAACAGAAGGAGCCGCGGCGGCAGAAGAAGCUUGUUCAAGCAAGCUUUGUGGAACGAAGAACUGGAGAAGCGAUUAAUCUCAGUCUUAGCCUCGGUGGGAAGGAGCAGCUGCUGCUGCGCGGAUCAAAGGGCGGCGCCAACCAAUGGCGCUCCACCAUCGAUCGGCGCUCCCCCGGCGCUGGCGGGCUUGUGUCUCCGCGCCCGGCGGCUGAUUCGCCUGCGGGUUUCGAGGCAGGGAUGCGACGCGCAGGGGAAGCGGGCGUUGCGGAGAGGGGGAGCGUGGCGAGGGACGAUAGGAGGGACGAGAAGGGUGAGGAGAAGGGGGGAGAGAAGGGGGGAGAGAAGAACGAGGAAUGGCGGGGGCGGAAGAGUCCAAAAGGGACGAAGGUGGAGAGGAAUUUCAAGGAGAAAGGAGUUAGGCGGGACAGGGAGGACAGGCGCACGAGGGUAGAGGGGGACGGUGCUGGGAGGGAGACAAUGAAGGAAAGAGGGGCGGAGGGAGGGUGGGAGGAGAGGAGGAAGGAGAGGAGGGAGGGUCGAAGAGAGGAAGGAACAGAGGAAGGGAGGGAAGAAGGGAUGGAGGGGAAGAGGGAAGAAGAGGGAGAGGAAAAGAGGGCUGGAACAAGGGAGGAACGGCAAACCCUGAUUUGUCAAACCCUGAUUUACUCCACCCUUCAUCGUCUCAUCCACUCUUACCUCACUCCCCCCUCCCACCACCUGGAUCUCCCCACUCGCAAGCUGCUCACCUUCCCCCAUCCCUCCUCUCGCAAUCCUUCCCUUUCCACCCUCCAGUUCCCCAGUCGCACUCCCACCCUCUCGCUCCCCCUUCUCCCUUCUCCUUCCCGCUCUCCCCAGCAUCUCCCUCGCUGCUGA